UUUGACGCUCAGGCGGAGACAACACAGGGGAAACGCACAGUUGAGCAAAACGAACCAAUGCGCAUGCGUAGAACAUUCGAUCCUUGGUGGUGUAGCUAACGGCUAAGCUGCGGAUCCAGCCAACAUGGAGAGGAAAGUUCUGGCACUCCAGGCGAGGAAGAAGCGGGCAAAAGCAAAGAAAACAAGCAAAAAGCAGCCAGCCAAUCCCAGAACUCAACAACAGCCACCGCUAGAAGCAUCGCCUCAGGGGCCUGAGGAACCUGAGGAGAUUCUUGGCUCUGAUGAUGAGGAGCAAGAGGACCCUAAUGACUACUGCAAAGGUGGUUACCAUCAUGUGAAAGUAGGAGACCUAUACAAUGGAAAAUACCAUGUAAUCCGGAAACUGGGCUGGGGCCACUUCUCCACUGUGUGGCUCGCCUGGGACAUCCAGAUGAAGAGGUUUGUUGCAAUGAAGGUGGUGAAGAGUGCAGAGCACUACACAGAGACAGCAGUGGAUGAAAUCAAGCUCCUCAGAUCUGUAAGAAACUCAGACCCUAAUGAUCCUAACCGAGAGAUGGUGGUCCAGCUGCUAGAUGACUUCAAGAUCUCUGGUAUCAAUGGAACUCAUGUUUGCAUGGUGUUUGAGGUGCUGGGACAUCACUUAUUAAAAUGGAUAAUAAAAUCAAAUUACCAAGGACUGCCUCUGCCGUGUGUGAAGAGCAUCAUACAACAGGUACUCCAAGGGCUGGACUACCUGCACACAAGGUGUCAGAUCAUCCAUACAGACAUCAAGCCGGAAAACAUCCUUAUGAGUGUUGAUGAGCCUUAUGUCCGUAAGCUCGCAGCAGAGGCCACAGAGUGGCAGAGGGCUGGGGCACCGCCUCCCUCUGGUUCAGCAAUAAGCACAGCACCUGCUCCAAAACAGACAGUAAAAAUGUCCAAGAACAAGAAGAAAAAGUUAAAAAAGAAGCAGAAGCGUAAAGCGGCGCUGUUGGAAAAGUGCAUCAUGGACCUGGAGGAAAUGGAAAAGACCACAGAGACACGAGAGGAGGAAGAUGAUGAAGAGGAGGAUCCGCAAUCCCCAAAGGGACGAGUGUGUGCUCCUCUCAGACAGGUGUCUCUUCAGGAGCUAGGAAAUGAGGAAAGAGAGGGGUUAGAGAGAAGAGAGCAUUCAGUUCUCCUGAGGGUGGGACCAGAAGGGCUGCCGGAGAUGAACUGUAAUGGCCAUGUGGAGGAGGAAGAGCAGAGGCAGCCCGAGUGGACUGAGGACCAAUACAAUGGCAACGCAAACCCCUCAGAGAAAUGUGUCAGUGAGGAGCAGCAAUACAAGGAGUCCCCUGUCCUCCCCAUGUGCAACGGUGUGGACUGUGCAGAUCUCAAUGAGCUGGACACUGAAACUGAAGGCACGGGUGCUCACAGCAGUGGAGUUACUGAGAGACACCUUCCUGCCGGGAUAGAGGAGGGAGAGCUGGAACAAAGCAUUUUGCAGGAGGAGGGAGAGGAUGAGUCUGACUGUCACUAUGGAACCCAGGAAAGCCUGAGAAAUGGCAAGCUACCAGCAGGAUCCCUGCUCAUCAACCCCCUUGAGCCACUCAAUGCAGACAAGAUCAAGGUCAAGAUCGCAGACUUGGGAAAUGCCUGCUGGGUGCAUAAACACUUUACGGAAGACAUCCAGACACGGCAAUACCGGUCCUUAGAGGUGCUCAUUGGUUCUGGGUACAGCACACCGGCUGAUAUAUGGAGCACAGCCUGCAUGGCCUUUGAGCUUGCCACAGGGGACUACUUGUUUGAACCACAUUCUGGGGAAGAUUAUUCCAGGGAUGAAGACCAUCUAGCUCUCAUGAUUGAGUUGCUUGGUAAAAUCCCUCGUCAGUAUGCUCAGAGCGGGAAAUACUCACAGGAAUACUUCACCAAGAGAGGUGAUUUGAAACACAUCACCAAGCUGAAGCCGUGGGGCCUGCUGGAGGUGCUUGUUGACAAGUACGAGUGGCCCCAUGAAGAAGCAGAGUGCUUCACCGACUUCCUGCUUCCCAUGCUGGAGCUGAUCCCUGAGAAGAGAGCCACAGCCGCCGAGUGCUUGCGCCACCCGUGGCUCACCCGCUAGUGGAGACCUCUGGCCUUUGCACCUCCCUCUCCUCCCACUUUUCUCCAGAGACUGCAACAGAUCACUUUCCACUUUGGACAUAUCAGAUAAAUAUUUAUUUCUCUUUAUGUUUUGUUGUUUUGAAUUUCUUAUGUUAUUGUUAUUGAUCUGAUGCUUCUGUGUACGUUUGCUUAGUAUUUGUUGGUUCUUCUCUCAGUGUCAUGAUGUCAGGAAUUCAGUGGAUUAUAUUACUUUGUGAUCAUGUUGGCUUCAACUGCUGUUCUCCGUUCACCAACCCAACUAAGCAAACCUGUUACUGUAACGCUAGUGACUCAUCCUUGUUUGUUACACUCCUGCACUAAAACCCAAACAAAUCAAGGAUAUGUAGCCUUUAUUGGUCAUUUUUGUCCCUUUGAAAAGGACUCGAUCACUCUUUUCCUCAUACAUUUUCAUUCAGUGCUGUGUUCUGUUUUUAAAAUUUUAUCUUGUAUUACACACGUACGGUAUACAUUUUGUAGUUGUAAAGUAGGCUUAGGAAGUUCCACACUGGGCUGACAUUUACACUGACUGUGGAAAUGUUCGCAGCAUUUCUCCAGAUUCUAGUUUUUUAUUGAGACGACCACUGUCCAUAAAAGUAGGGCAUGUUAUUUAGCCAUAACGAGCCGCUGUCCAUUGGUGUUUAGUGUGGUUAGUUAUAUUAAAUGAGAUUUUUCAUUCUCAUGGGAGGCUGGUAUUCUCAUACACUUAUUACAAUUCAGGAGUAUAGUGUUAUAAAGGUUUCACCAAGGCAACAUGUUAAGAAGCCCAAUCUAAAGGAAAAAAAAAAGUGAAAAUAAACUGUAUAUAUCUGUACCAAAGAGUUUGCCUUUAUGUAUAUUAUAGUUAUGUACAGUUUUUAACAAAUCUUAUAUCUUAGCUAAAGUUAUUUAGCAGGGUAGUUGUGUUUUAAUAAAGGUGUAUGGAAGA